AAAUCUUUAAAAUGUCGGAAAGCACAUCAAGAAACGAAAGACGGCAGAGGCAAGCAUACAGAAGAAGGGCCACCAGAAACGACAACAUAGAAAGAAAUGACCGAUACUUUUCAAAUGGUCCACUGAGUCCUCUAAGAAGUCCACUUAACCCAAAGCAAGGCCAAGGGGUCUCGAAACAUUUGGAUGACAGAAGAGAACGACGUGCAUGUUGGAAGGAGCUGGACAACCAGGAGUUCACAAAGAUCAGUUUGAAGGACGAAGAUUUUCCUGAUUUAGGAUCUUGCCGAUUCACUCCUGAGGUAAACAGAGAUGUAACAAACACGACAACUAGUCAGGCCACUGGUGACAAAGAAAGCAGGAGAUUUCGUAGGAAGUUGGAGAUGACAGAUAACAAGAAAAACUCAAAGAAAGUCUUCAGAGAAAACAGUAGAACGGAUGCUGAAGUGGAGAAGAAUGAAGUAAUACUCAACAGGCGUCAAAAGGCUCUUGAUUACGGCAAAAACACCAUUGCAUAUGACAACUAUAUUGAACAGAUCAAGAGACAUGAGAGACAGAAAGGUUACCCGAGAACACCAGACAAGGGCCAGAAAUGUAGUCGCCGGUCCUGGGAUCAACAGGUCAGAUUAUGGAGAAUAGGGCUGCAUCGCUGGAACAACUCUUCUACCCCCGGACAGAGCAUGGAAGGUCUGUUUGCAGACACAUCAUCUGAGAGUGCUUCUGAGGUUGGAGAUCGUAGUUCAACUCCAUCUGUUUGUAUGGAAGAAUGUGAUGUUAUCUCUGUUGAACAUGGAGACAGAGACAAUGAGAAUUGUGUGGAGGAAAAGGUUUCAUGGGCAGAUCAAGUAGCACAGCAGCAAAACCUCUUGGACAAUUUUGAUAUUGAAGUGUGUCUGAAAGCAGAAAAAAUUACCUUUGACUGAGAAAAUUCAUGACCACUGAAGUUAAAUUGUACAAGACUCCCAAUAUUAUGUUUUAGUGUUUGAAACUGCAGUGUUUAACUCUUAUUCUGUAUACCUGGAGAUGAUUUUUACCAAGAUGGUAUUGGCUGUAAAUGAUUUGUUGAUUGGCUGUAUGUUUGCUUUGAUUGGAUUUAAAAGUCUCCAGGGUUAAGAAUAAUCGCUCAAAUGGUAGCUAUUGACUGAUGACAGUGGAAGAUAGUUUCAACAUUAAAAAUCCUUAUUAUUUAAUUGUUCACCAGUGUCAUUCCUGCAUUAAACCAAUAUUUUUAUCAUUUGAAAUCUAUAAAACAUUUCAUUGUUUUGGACUUGUGUAACUUAUUGAUUUUCAUUUCUGUCAUAGAAUUCAAGAUGUGUAACUGUGGGUGUGAUUUACUAUAGUAAGGCUUUGAAAAUUGUUAUAUCACCAACAUCUAUUAUUCGUUUCCUCCUGUAUCUGUCUGGUUUAUUGCACAUUCAUAAAAAAUUUUAGGUAUAAUAUACUUUGAUCAAUAGUUGUAAUUGUUACAAUACUUUACUAAUUAUAAAAGAAAGCUGUCAGAUCAUAUUGAUGAUAUAUACAUGUAACCAAAUAUUUCUAAUUGAAAUGAAGGAAAGAGUGAAGAGAAGUUUUA